AUCAUGAUUUAACUGCAUUUGCAAAUGCUGGUAUUUUUCAGAUGAAAGGAAUAGGAACCCUAAACCAGGAAGUUACAUAGUUGUGAUUCUAAUUUCAGCCUUGGAGGAGGGCCCACAUUUACUGAAUAUUGUCAUAUGAAUAGCAGCCUAGGACUUUUUUGCCUAAGCCUCUAAGGUGACAUCAAGAUCUCCAGUUCUUCUUGAUAGAGAUUCUGCUGUACUUGAGGGUCUGAAGGCAGCACAUAGCCCAAUGCAUGCCAACCAUUCACCAAGUUGGCUAACAAGCCACAGCUGAGUAGAAAAUAACGUACAGCUGCAAGAGAUGAUGCUGUUCAGGAAACUUCAGUGGUCCAAAGGGAAGGCUAUUUCACCAGUGCUUUUAAUAUGUGCUCUCUUCUGGAGCUCGGGGUUGCAUCAGGAUGCAUCCACUGCAAGGAGACGAAAUGUGGUCUCAUUACAGGGUAAAAUGGUGAAAAUGGAAUGUAUGCACAUGAGUGAUGCAACAGAAGGUUUGAUCCUAACUCUAAGGAGAAAUGGCACCCCCACUGAGCUUUGUAGCUUGCGAUUUAGAAACUUUAGCAUUUGGGACAGAGUCUGCAAAGGUUCUGUAACUCUAGAGUACGAUCAUCACACCAAAUGGGUUUACGCUGUUAUUCAGAGAGUCUCUGUGAAUGAUUCUGGGAUUUAUAACUGCACCCUGGAAAGCAUGAUUCCUCCACCUGUGAAAACACUGACCUAUACAUACAUUUGCCUUACAGUAUCAGCUCCUCCAGUGGUUGAGCUUUCCUUGGUAUCUCCUUUCUUCAAUAACUGUGAGAACACAUUGACUUGCUGCGCUUGGGACUUCUACCCUCAAGACAUCCAGUUCUCCUGGUAUAAGGAUGGAGAGUUGAUCACCAGCACUUCAAAGAAUGAUUCUUUGUUCCCCAAUAGUAAUGGCUCUUACUCCUAUAUAAGUAACCUAAUUAUUUCCCAUUCUGACUGGAGCAGAUCUGUACAGUUUUCUUGCCAAGUGAAUCAUUCUGCACUGGAAAGUCCUGUUGUCAAACAUAUAUCUUUGCCUCGAGCUGAAAAAGAUUCUUCAAAGUUGCCAAUCUGGAUCCUGGCUGCAGUGCUUGCUGGUCUCCUAAUGAUAUUGGUGGUGAUUAUUCUGGCAAUGACCCUGAUAUUCAGAUCCAAGACCACAUCACAGAGCUCUGCAGACAGAGUUAUGCCAGAGACUGCUGUGAUGCAACUCCCACAAGAAUGCCAGAGAGAGAACUGCCACACAACCUAUGUGUUGCUUAAUUAUUAUCCAGGAUCUACAUUAUGAGUGGUUGUCAAGUGUGGUAAGUGGGGUAUGAAAUACAGAAGGAAACCUUGCAUUCCCUUGAAGUCUUCUGCACUGAACAUGAUGAUGGAAGACAGGAGCUUCUGGGGAAACAAAUAUCACCCGCUACUUAUAAUACUGAAGCCUUCAGCUGUCAAAUAACAAGUAGAGCAAAGCCACUUGUGAAGAAGGGCAGUGUGCUAGAUGCUGGUUUGAGUUCUCAAACCUAGUUAGUAUUUUAGCAAAUAAGUAACAUCUAAUCUGGCACAUAAAGGGAACUGAAAUGUCCCUGAGGUGCCUGAUCUGAGCACAAGGUGGCUGUGGGCCUUUGGGAGAAGAUGCACUGCUUUGGAGCAUUACGGUCAUGACCAUGAGGUUAGGCAGCCUAGGGAAAUUUUCAGACUGGUGCUUCACAAUCCAUUGCGUGCACAUGGCUGGACUUGGCACACUGAGUCACAAUUAAGCCAAUAUCCCAGCAACGCAGCUAAGAUAUAAUUGAUGGAAAUUCUGUUGUUCAAAUGGGUCCAAGUCAUUUUCUGAUGAUUAAAGUCCAUGCCACUGUGUCAGAUAAAGGGUGUUCUGGCUAAAUUCCAGGGUUAAUAACAGCCUUCACUCUAAAAUUCCCUACACAUUGCAAUUGAAAUGCAGCCUACUGUUCACUUUCACAGGUCUGUCACACUCCACCCCUGAACUGAUUGAAUUUCUAGGGUUGGUCACAGCAUUCUGCAUCCAAUCCAUACCUUGCAAAUCACUUAUUUUGGGAGCCUUCAGCAUGAAAGAGGAACUAUCUCCACUUAUGGGAAUUCCUUGGGUUAACUGUUCCCUGCAGUUGUGGAGAGCUGGAUUUGAGGAAGACCCUUCCAGUCCUGUGUCCCUAUGUUUCUAGAUAGCUGUUGGGUUUUAUCACGUUUUAUCACUUUCAUGUUUUUAUAAAUAUUGCACAAGUUAUUACUUUUACCAUAUUCUAGUGUAUUAGUGGCUUUGUUAGCCACUGGAUCUUUAUGGAAGAUGCUGAUGAUCUUAAAUGUUGGCUCUUGUUUACAAACUGUUACUGUGUGGCAAGGAGGCAAUUGUAAACUACAACAGCAAGAUGGACUUUAUUUUUGUGUGUUCCUAUUGAUCCUGAACUCUUUGGCCUGUUCUGGAGAUGCUUUAAUUGGAAUGCAUUAAUAUAUUUCAGCAUACAAAAUUACCAGAUUUUAGGUCUAAGGAUGUUACACAAAUUGCCAAUUGCUCAAACCACAAGCGAGACUUUAUAAAGGGGAUAAGGCAAGGUACCGCAUUUAUUGAUUACAUGAGUUAGACAUAGAGGUUCAGGCACACCGUUCAUACAAAUACACAAAUCAUCAUGCACAUCGUUACACACAGGCAUAUACAUACACAAAACAACCAUUUCAUCCACACAUACACCAGAUAUAGUUACCAGCAAUAGUUGCUCAAUAUCAGCCCAGGGUGGCCAACCCAGGCUUAUUGAAUAGAUGAUGAUGAUGAUUUGAAGAUAGCUGAUUUAAAGAUAACAGCUGGAGCGGGGUGAACAGAUGCAUCUGUGCUCUGAUGAAACAGCAGUAGAGAAAGAGACUCAAACAACUUGGCAUUUUCAAAGUGUUCUUUUACCGGGAUUGGCAUCCUUUGUUUCAGUGCUUUGGGGUUUUUUCAUACCCAGCUUCUGUUUUUGCGGUUGUUCUUCUUUUGUUUUCAGCUUAUCUUAGAAGAAGAAAUUCUGCCAGAUGGGCAACAAAAACACUCCAAGGCUGUUAUCUCCUUUGUGCCUUCAAGCUUCAAAGGGAUUCUUCAGCCAUUUGUUAGUUAGUUAGUAGUUGGUAACUUACAUUUGAUGCCUUGUUGCUUACAUAAACAGUUGAAUCUUCUUCUUCCGUCUCUAUGCCAUUCUCUCACCAUUCACCCUUUUACACACACUCAUACAUAAAGGCUAUGCAGAGUUCAUUCACUUAUGUCAAGCAGAAGGAUACAAAAUGGAGUUUUCAAGUUGCUUACAGGACAAGACUAACAUGGUUACAUUUCACUAUUAUUACACUCUAUGUUAACAUCAGCUACAUUAGUUCAGUUCAUGCUACAAGGAGAGGUCCUAAAGGAAAGAAAAUGAUGGAAAAUAGAGUUGGUACUAAGGACUUUUUAAGUGUGCACAUUUGUACAAAUAAUUACCACAAGUAAAAACUGAGAACAAUGGUUUUGAAGUCAAUAAGGAUCUUUAAAUAAAGAAAACAGUAUAUAUAGCA